AACCUUAGGGCUUCUCACAGGCCGCGCCUGCGGCCCAGGUUCUCCGGCAGCGUCACCGCGGAGUUUGUUGCAGACCCGGAAGCGGCUAUAGCAGAGAGAACGUCGGGUUGGCGCCGUGACUUUCUGUUUUCGUAGUUUGAACCUGAGCGUCUCAGUCCACGGUCCCGCACACGUGACGCCUGGGGGUCACUAGGACGUUGAAGUCCCCGCACCAGCGCCCCACACAGCGGUGCUCAUGGUUCCUGACUGUGUCCUGAGCCAAAGGACAGGAGAGGGUGACCUUAUCAGCAUUUCAAGCCCUCAAUUUGGGGCAAGCAGAUGGAGGUGGGGCUAGGGGCUGUACCGACAUUCUGGAAGGCACAUUCUCAAGAUGGAGGAGUGAUUCCUCCCCAGAACGUCACCUGAGGGAACAACCCAGAGCAGGAGGAGGACGAGGACGAAAUGGCUGCUUCUCAGGGACGGUUGACAUUCAGGGAUGUGGCCGUAGAUUUCUCUCAGGAGGAGUGGGAAUGUCUGCACCCAGCUGAGCGGAAACUGUACACGGACGUCAUGCUGGAGAACUACAGGAACCUGUGCUCCCUGGGUCUUGCUGUCUCUAAACCAGACCUGGUCAUCUUUUUGGAGAGAAUGAAGGACGCCUGGGAUGUGAAGCGAAAAAAGACAGUGUCCAUCCACCCAGUUAUGCCUUUGGAAGAUACCCAGGGCCUGUUGCCAAAAUCGGACAUAGAAGAUUCAUUCCACAGAAUGCUUCUGAGUACGUGUAAUGGAGAGAAAAGUUAUCAAUUCAGUGACUCUUGGAAAAACUUUCGAGAAGGGUCAAAUCCUAAUAAGCAUCAGAGAACUCAGUAUCCAGAGCACCAUUGUACAUGUGGGAGUGUCUUUGAUCAACGCUCAAAUCUUACACAUGAGAACCGUCAUAUUAUAGAGAAGACAAACGAAUGUAAAUGUAACAAAUCUUUGAACCGAUCUUUAAAUCUUACUGAACAUGAGAGUAUUAAUACUUGGGAGGAAUCUUACAAAUGUAAUCACUGUGGGAGAGUCUUUAUUCGAUUACCCAGUCUAAACAAAUGUAAGAAAAUCCAUGCUGAAGAGAAGACUUACAAGUGUAGAGAAUGUGGCAAAGCCUUUAUUCGGCGUUCACAUCUUACUAGACAUGAGAGAAUUCAUACUACAGAGAAACCUUACAAAUGUGAACAGUGUGGCAGAGCUUUUACUCAGCGUGCACAUCUUACUGUACAUGGGAGAAUCCAUACAGGAGAGAAGCCUUACAAAUGUGAACAGUGUGGCAAAGCCUUUAAUGGGCGUUCACAUCUUACUAGACAUGAGAUAAUCCAUAGUGGAGAGAAGCCUUACCAAUGUAGAGAAUGUGGUAAAGCCUUCUUUAGGAGUUCAUGUCUUACUCAACAUCAGAGAAUUCAUAGUGGAGAGAAACCUUACAAAUGUAGAGAAUGUGGAAAAGCUUUUAUUUACCGUUCACAGCUUACCACACACGUGAGAAUUCAUACUGGAGAGAGACCUUACAAAUGUGAGCAAUGUGGCAAAGCCUUUAACCGGUGUUCACAUCUUAGUCUUCAUGAAAGAAUUCAUACUGGAGAGAGGCGCUACAAAUGUACAGAAUGUGGAAAAGCUUUUAUUCACCGUUUACAGCUUACUCGACACAUGCGAAUUCAUAAUGGACAGAAAUCUUAAAAGUGAAGAAUUGGAGAACCCUGUUGGUGGACCUCCAGCUUCACUCAAUAUCUGAGAAUGCUUACUGGGGUGAAAUUCUACAUUGUAAUGUACAAUGAAAGACUUGACCAAAAUACUUUAGAAAACCCCACAGAAUUCAUGCUAUAAAGUAACUUUAAAGAUUUAAAAAAAUGUAGGAGAGUGUGCAUCGAAAAUCAAAUCUGAAAUAUCACAGAAUUGACAUUAGAAAAUAGUCAAGAACACUCUCUACAUAUUACUUUAAAUCAGAAUGCUUAGAGAAAAUAAGCAAAAGUUAAAAAAUUUAGAAAACAUUUUUGUUAGUAUUUUUCAACUUAAGAAAAGGAGGGAUGUUGGACAGGUGUAGUUACUUUCAAUGUAUUUGUAUAUAUUGACAUUACUUGACUUUUUCCAUAAGGAAAUAGAUAUUUAUGUGAAUCCACUAUAAAAGUCACUUGACACUAUAUUUUUAUACCUAGUGUGUGUGUUAAUCAUGGAUUGAUUGUUGCUGCCUCGAAAAUCUGAAAGCCCUUGUAUGUUGGGUGGGUUUCACUCAGAUCCUUUUCCCUGGAAGGCUGAGGGCACUGUAAUACACAAUGUAGGAAGAGAUCUAAAUGGAGAUGCUGUUUGGUUGACUUAGAACAUUGAUAUAAGUCACCCUGCAGUAGGUUUUCAGGGCACCAUUCUCUGCAUUAAUGUAAGAAGGAAACAUUCUGAAUUUUAACUAAUUUUACCAAUUGUUCUUGAAGGAAAAUAGGUAGCAGUUCAUUAAAAUCCUGAUGCGUCUUUGUAGUAGCCAAAAGAUAGCAGUCGUUGAAUAUUAUUUGAUGUACUUAAAAUAAAGAAGUCUCCAGAGAUACCUGAGAGAGUAUAAACAACUCAUCCAUAAGUGCAUAAUUAUUGUGCAUCCCUAUUUCCUAAACAAUGAACCUCAGUCUUCAAACCCAUGGAAAACGGAGCUCUAAGAUUGUUACAUCAGAAGAAUCAGAAUGCUUCUUAAAUACUUGUUACCUGUAUUUUGUCCAUGGGUCCCACAGGUAGUUUGCCAUGCUUUAUUUAGACUAUGUGUGGACUUAAUAUUUUUAAUAAUAAAGGCAAAAUGUUUUUUAAUGUACUAAAUCUGAUGUGUAGUUAAUGACUUGUUAUCGUGCCACCAACUUUAACCUCCUCCACCUUAGUCACAGUUGUAAUCGACAAUUCAGUAUUUGGUGAAGCAGUGGAAUGACAGCAGUAAGAAUCCCUUUUCCCCAUGGCCUUAAUGUGCAAAUAAUGUGAGGCUAUUUUCCCCAUAAUUUAUAUAUUGUACUCUCUUCAAUGGUAACAAUAAAUGUGAUACAGUAGUGCUGUAGAGAGUUUAGCUAAACUACCGUAUUGCUGCCUCAGAAUCCAUGUUGUGUACCCAAGUUGCCUUGAAGUGACACUGGCCCCUCCCACUAGUGCAUACACUAGACAGCAGGUCACAACUCACAAGUGAAUGUAAGUUCCUGAUAGGACUUCUCCAGCAGCCCCUGUGAGCAACAGUGUCCCCCGCCUCUGAGGGACU